AUAUUUAAAAUCUAGCCAGCAAUUACAUGUUGUCAGUCUUAGCGUGUAGCUCAGGAUAUUGUGAUUUAGUGCUAAUGUAGUUUUGGUAGUGUUUUUAAUUUACCACACUACAGACACUUCAGUUAAUCAGUGACUAUGGCUUUUGGAUUCGUUUUAGGAGGGGUACUUUUCUUGUGUGCAGUAACAUGUGCUCUACUUGAUGCCAAAAGAUUCCAGCAGUCCGCCACACUGCCACAAGUUCCCAUUGAGGUUCAGUGCAAGGCCCAUUCCCUGUCUGUCUCAGUGGACAUACCGCCCUCUGGCAGUGAGCCUCGUUUUGAGGCAAUUGAUGCCACAGGUGUGUAUCCUAUUACAGAGAGCUAUGGGGCUCAGUGUGGUUACACUUACUCUGUCCAACCCCUGCUGGGUCGUGUUAUUCUGAGAGCCUCAUACUUCUCCUGUCACACAGACAAUCAGAAUGAUGAGGUCUUCUCCUUCAUGUUUGGUGUGAUCAUUGUGGCUCAGAGUGGUGAAGAAUUAUUUUUCAAUGUCUCUGAGACUUGCUCUGUUCGUCCUCUUUCUCCAAGAGAGGUUAUUUGUGAAGAGAACUACAUGGAGGUGUCUGUGAAAACUGAUCUUCCUUGCUCUACAUCUGGCAGUGUUAAAGAAGACUUCUCUGCAGCUUUCUCUGUGGCCCGAAGUUCAGCAGUGGAGGCCUGGCAGGUGAUGUUACAACAAGGAGGACAGCUGUCUGAAGUCAUGUCGACUGAAGAUGCUGCUGCUCUGGGCUACUUCAUAACGGCCAGACCAGGCAGACUUGUUUUUCGGACAACCUUUGGACAACCUUACGCUUCUGUCAAAAUGGUCAGUGGUCUUGCAAUUGAGGUGGUUGAAGCCACAGUGUUUUUUAGACAGAACUGGAUGGUGGUCAUGGUGGACCUGGUUGUUGCCUGCUCACUGGAUAAAGGUUCUUUUGAUGGCUACAGACUUCAUUGGAGGACCCCUGCAGUAAUGACUCCUCUGGCUCUUCAAUCUGAGUUUAGGAGCCAGUACAUAAGCAUUGGAGUUGAUGGUGAGCUCCUAGAUGAACAGGCCUCAGUGGACCGAGGCUACUCUCUGACUGUCGGUGAAGACACCAUUGACAGUAGCAUCCCCAUUGCUGCCGAGGGUGCGAUCAGGAAGAGCUUUGUGACUGAUGGUGUGUAUAAUGAGUUGUACACCAUCCAGCUGACCUACCAGCAAUCGUUUGCAGACCAGCGUGGUGUGGAGACAAAGUAUAAUGUGAUCCGGCAAAUAGCCACUCCACCAAUUCCUCGUCUUCCCUUUUCAAUUAACCAAACAAACCCUGAGGAACGAGUCUUCACAGUCUACCUGGGUAAUAUUCCUUUUGAUGUGGAACUGGUGGCCAUAGAGCUGAAUGGGCAGGAGAUCUCUGUGCUGACUGCCAUGCAGAUGGGAUACUCCAUCACCAGAGUCCAAGAAGAUGGCAGUGAUAUUACCUUUGCGUACAUCCUAAGGGUGCCGUUUGAGGACCAAUUUGUUGUGAAGCAGUACAUUACCGAGGGCCUUUUCGAGUACUCUUUGGAAGUUAAAUGGACUUUGAACAUAAUUUCUCAAAUGGAUUCCUAUUACCACUUUUCCUCUGUGACUGCUUUUGUCCAAGAUAUCCUUCCAUUCGUCUUUGACAGCCUGUGUGCUAACAAUGGCAUACGCUUCAUGAAAAAUCAUCAUGAGUAUGAUUACUUGUGGGACGUUGUCAUCGGUCACUACCUGCUGACCCAACAGCUGGCAUCUGAGCGUGGCUACAUCAUGACCAAUGACAGCACCUCCUUGACACUGGAUGUCCCUCUAUUUACAAUCGGAUUCAUCUAUGAGAACAUCACUCUGCAGCAGUUCCUUGGCACAUUUGAACUUCUCACCAGAAAUGCUAAAACCCUGGAGAUUAAGCAGUCCUCAGCCAAAAGCUGUCUCUUUGAAACCACUGAGCUCUUGGUGUGCUCUGCUGAGGGUGUGAUGACUGUAGUGAGUGACAUCACUAAAGCAGUACCUGCUGCAAACCCUGCCCGAACCACACUAUUGGACCCAAGCUGCAGACCUCAAGAAACUGAUGAGACCAGAGUCCUGUUCUCCUUUGGACUUAACACCUGUGGCACUAGAUUUCAGAUUGAUCAGCAGUAUGUGACUUAUGAAAAUGAGAUCAUAUUUCAUGAGUUGUAUUCCACAGACAGCAAGCCAGUAAUAACAAGAGAUGCUGCGUACAGGAUGACCGUGAGGUGCAUUUACCCAGUAAGUGGUAUUGAAAGCCUUUUUGUGGACCGGAAGUUCAGAAUGGGGACACCUGGAAUUGGACAAAUCAAGGACCCUGUGAAAGUUCCUCCCCAAAUGCCCAUACAGCUUCAGAAACAAACUGUUAUGAAGCCCUCUUAUCAGGCAGUUGUUGCAAAGAAACCAGCUGACUAUGUGCAUGUCGGCCAGUGGAGCUCACCAGCAGAUGAACAUGCUUGGUCAUUAGGACCUAAUGGCAACUUUUAGAUUUUGGAGUGAUUUAAUUUGUAUCAUGCUCUUUGUCUCUGAAAUAAUAAACCGGUUUCCUAAA